UGAAAGACAAUCCUCGAAUCAAAUUUGAAUUGUUCACCACUCCAAGCAAAGACGGUAAGCUAUGGGCGGUGGAAGCAGAAGAGGAAGAGGAAGAUCCAACAACAGCGGCACCAAAACUCGCAAAAGAGGUUCAGCGGUUAAAUCUGAACUCUUUAUCGAAGGGGGUUUCUUGUCUGAUUGGAAUCCCUCAUUCUCCCCAACCCAAAAUUCAGGUAGAAAAGCUAGCUCGAAUAACAAAUCAGGGAGCAUACAUAAAGCAGAAGCCUCUGCUUCUAAAAGUGGAUUUGCAAAAUCUUCUGGAACUUCUAUUGGUUACAGUUAUCCUUCACCUGGUGUUCCGGAGGUCUCAUGUGUUGGGACUGGGAACAACAGUGAGGAUAGUAAUUUAAAUCAGCUGCAGCCUUUUGUUUUGGUGGAUUCCAAGCAGAGUCAAAUUAUUGCUCAUAUGGACCAAACACCUUCAAAACCCAACAGUGUGGAAUAUACGUAUGGUUAUGGUGCAGAUUUUGUUUUGGGUGACAGCUCUCAUAGAGGAUUAGGCUUCCCUGCUGAACAUGACAAAACCCCAAGUGGCACUGGCACAUCAUCCAAACAGAUGCCCCAAUCAACUUCUGUUGUAGAUUCAUCCUCCUUUGAGAAGGAUGUUGGUUCUGAUGAAGAUAUCGACUGUGAGUUAAACAAUCAGAUGACAGCGUACUUGCCAUCAAAGGUGUCUGCUGAGAGAAAUUCAGGGUUUCUAUCAAUUGGAGGUCUUAAGUUAUACACUCAGGAUAUCUCAGAUAACGGAAGUGAAGAAGAUAAUGAUGAAGAGUCACCAGAUGAGGACAGUUCUGUAUCUUCUGAGCCAGAAGAAUUGCUUGGGUCAUCUGAAAGCAACGAUUCUGAAGAAACAUCUGACAGUGAUUCAGACAUUGAUGAAGAGGUUGCGGAAGAUUAUAUGGAAGGAGUUGGUGGUAGUGACAACAUCAUGGAUGCAAAAUGGUUGCUAAAACCUGUUUUGGAUGAGUCAGAUGAUGAUAGUUCUAGCAGUUGUUAUGAUGAGGCUUUGGAGAAGUUGAGUGGUAUUGCCCUUCAAGAAGCCUCCAGGGAUUAUGGCAUUCAGAAAACCCAAAAAUGGAAGAAACGCUCUGGUAAUUCUGGAUCUUUAGCUUUGGAAGACGUAAUGCUGGAAAAGGAUCCAAGAACCAUUUAUGCUAGAAAGAAGCAUGUUCCUCGGCUCCCUCACUCUUGGCCUUCGCAUGCUCAAAAGAGUAAAGCUUCCAAAAGAAUUCAUGGUGAAAAAAAGAAAUUUCGUAAAGAAAGGAUUGCUGUCAAGCGAAGAGAGAGAAUGCUGCAUCGCGGGGUUGAUCUCGCGAAAAUUAAUUUGAAACUAGAACAGAUUGUUUUGGAGGAAGUGGAUAUUUUCUCUUUUCAGCCUAUGCAUUCUCGGGAUUGUUCACAGGUACAACGAUUAGCAGCAAUUUAUCAUUUGCAAAGUAGCAGCCAAGGUUCUGGGAAAAAAAGAUUUGUGACAGUGAUGCGAACGCAGACUACAUCCAUGCCAUCCUCAAGUGGUAGACAGCGCCUGGAAAAGUUGAUGGGGAUUGAUGAUGAGGAUGCUGAUUUUUCUGUCACUGACUAUAUAAAUAAGAAGUCUGUGAGUGGAGACACAAGACUGGGAAAGAAAAAGGCUAAAAGGAAUGAUUUCAGACGGCAAGAACUUCAAUCUGCCCAGAAUAAGACAUCAAAGUACUCAGCCAGCCGAGGCAGCAGUAAUGUGAAGGACAAGAAAGGGAGUGGACAAAAGGGUGUAUAUGCUAAUCAGCCUGUGUCGUUUGUAUCGAGCGGCAUAAUUGAUUCAGAAGCUGUACAGGUUACAGCUGUUGAUUCUGAAGAGACUGAUGAUAUUUAUAAAAAGGGUAUCACCAGCUCUGCUAAUAUAGGCUCAUUUGAGGUCCACACUACUGGUUUUGGUUCAAAAAUGAUGGCUAAAAUGGGAUACAUGGAGGGAAGAGGAUUGGGGAAAAAUGGUCAAGGUAUGUCAGAACCCAUUGAGGUUGUCCGAAGGCCUAAAUCACUUGGCUUGGGUGUGGAAUUCUCCAGCAACCCUGCUGAGCCACCUACUGAGCCAGCUACCGAGCCACCUAGGAGUAAGUCUUCAAGAAUUGGUGCUUUUGAAAAGCAUACCAAAGGCUUUGGAUCAAAAAUGAUGGCAAAGAUGGGCUUUAUUGAAGGUGCUGGAUUAGGUAGAGCAUCACAAGGCAUUACUGCUCCAUUGACCGCUGUUAGGCUACCGAAGUCGCAAGGACUAGGGGCCAAAAGUUAACUUAGAUGUCGUUUGUCUUCUGUGUUCCUAUCUAAUUGUAUAUUGGCUCAAAUCUUAUGAUUCUCCCUUAGUCACCAUGUUCAAAUGCUGUAUUUAUUGGCUCUAUUUUUUUUUAUUUGGAAUAAUAAAAAAACUCAGUCCUGUAGAUGACAUGUAAUUAUGUUCAAGAAAGAUACCUAUGUUGAAUAUGGCCAGCUCUUGGAU